UCGUCACUGCAAUAUGCAAGUUUCAGGUUUGCUAGUUUAGAGCGUUUUACAGUAAGCUACGAGAAAAUAAAUAUAUCACGUGGACAAAUAACUAAAUACAUAUAAAUUUGUUAUAUACUUUGUCAGUUACGAAAUGAAUAUUAGAGAAAUGGGUUUUGACAGUCGGCCCAGUUAGAUUGAAAACAUCUUAGGAGGAAGAAGAAGAAAUACAUUUUGAAGACGUGAACCCGAUUGGAUUGAUCCAUGAUUUAGUUGAAAGAACAAUUUGCUCAGGUCUGGAUAUGGUAACUUUGCAGUGCGGUCUCACAAUGCUAGCUGAAUGGGUGGGAUUCUGUGCUGAUUCUUGAUCUGUAACGGGAUGCUGGAAGGAGGUAGAAAGACAAAACAGUGUCGAGAUGCUGGCGCCAUGUCGCCGGCGGGUGUGGCGUCUCUGGUCUGUGCUGCUAUCAGUCUCGGCGAUCACCGUCGUUUUGUUGUGGCGCAGUCAUGAAGAAGUCACGACAUCCGACGAAACAGAGAGGGACGACUGGGUGGCGGUCAGGUUGGGGCGAGACCAGAAGGAGUACGUAGACCAUCGGGGGGUGCACGUCGUGGUGGGACACUACAUGGGGGAGGCCAAUAACCUGCAGAACCCCCCAAACCUCACGGAGGAGCUGCUGAACUCCAACAUGUUCGACCCGCGACCUAACCAGGGCAAGGACGGCCAGCCGGUGGUGAUCCCGUCGCACGAGCUGUUGAAGAUGCAGCAGCUUUUCCACAUAAACAGGUUCAACUUGAUGGCCAGCGACCGCAUUCCACUCAACAGGAGCCUACCUGACGUGCGCAAGAAGAGGUGCCAGAGUAAGUCCGUCAACCUGACAGGCCUUCCUGCUGCCACAGUGAUUAUCGUCUUUCACAACGAGGCGUGGUCCACGCUUCUGCGCACUGUACACAGCGUCGUCAACAGGUCGCCCCGCUCCCUGCUGCAGGAGGUCCUCCUCGUCGACGAUGCCAGCACCAGAGCUUUCCUGAAGGAGCCGCUAGAUCAGCACGUGGCGAUGUUGCCAGUUCCAACCCGCGUUCUGCGCACGCACGAGCGAGUGGGUCUUGUAAGGGCUCGGCUCCUUGGGGCCCGCGAGGCGCGGGGGCAAAUCCUCACCUUCCUGGACGCUCACUGUGAAUGCACCGUAGGCUGGCUCGAAAGUUUGAUCUCCAGAGUCGCUGAAGACAGGACCCGGGUUGUCUGUCCGGUGAUUGACAUCAUCAAUGACGACUCUUUCGCGUACGUGAGAAGCUUUGAGCUGCACUGGGGCGCCUUCAACUGGGAGCUGCACUUCCGGUGGUACACCUUGGGCGGUGGCGAGAUCAAGAGGCGAAAGCAAGACAUCACAGAGCCCUUCAGGACCCCAGCGAUGGCCGGGGGGCUCUUUGCAAUGGAUAAGGACUACUUCUUUGAGAUCGGUGCUUAUGACGAACAGAUGGAGAUUUGGGGCGGCGAAAACCUUGAAUUGUCGUUCAGGGUCUGGCAGUGCGGGGGCAGUGUUGAGAUAGCGCCCUGCUCUCACGUUGGACAUCUUUUUCGCAAAUCAUCCCCCUACACGUUCCCCGGGGGGGUUGGGGAGGUGUUGUACUCGAACCUGGCGAGAGUCGCCCUCGUUUGGAUGGACGACUGGAAGGAAUUCUACUUCAAGUUCAACCCAGCUGCGGCCCGUCUGAGGGACCGUCAGAGCGUGAGGUCGCGGCUCGAACUCCGGGAGAGGCUGCAGUGUAAGAGUUUUGAAUGGUACCUCGACAACGUCUGGCCACAACACUUCAUGCCCAAGGAUGACCGCUUCUUCGGGAAGAUCCGUAGCCGGGAGUCCGGCCGCUGUCUGCAGAAGCCAGUGGGCAAGGGAAGCAUCAACCAGCCCGUCGGUAGCGCUACAGUGGUCACGUGUACCGCGGAGCCGAACCUGCUCCAGAUGUUUGUGAUGUCGCCCUCAGGAGUCAUCAUGACCGACGAAUCGGUGUGUCUGGACGCUCCAGAGAGGGACGAUUCGGCACGCCAACCUAAGGUCCGCAUCAUGGCGUGCAGCGGGACGGGUCGUCAGAAGUGGAGCUACAGUGAACAGACAUUCGCGCUGCGACACGCUUCCAGCGGCCUCUGUCUAUCCACCGGACCGGAUGAGGCACUGAUUCUGCAGGCCUGCUCGGGACACAUCGGUCAACAGUGGCAGCUGGAGUCAGUGCCGUGGAAGUGAUGGUGUUGUGUUGGUUAUCUUACGAGGAUAUAUAAUUCGCCGACAAACCAUUACUUUUUUUUAAGCUAAUGUCGUGAUGUGUCUCAGUUAUGCAAUUAGAAGCUUAAGCAAUAACGCCCGUUAA